AUGUCUGAAACUAUUCCCAAGACCCAGAAGGCAAUUGUUUUCUAUACCAACGGCGGCGACCUGGAGUACAAAGACAUCGAAGUUCCAACCCCUAAGCCUACUGAGCUGCUUAUCAACAUCAAGUAUUCCGGUGUGUGUCACACGGACUUGCACGCCUGGAAAGGCGAUUGGCCCUUGGACACCAAGCUACCUUUGGUCGGGGGCCACGAGGGUGCCGGCGUGGUUGUCGCCAUGGGCGAAAACGUCAAGGGCUGGAAAGUCGGCGACUUGGCCGGUGUCAAGUGGUUGAACGGCUCGUGCAUGUCGUGUGAGUCGUGCGAGCUUGGAAAUGAGUCCAACUGCCCAGAGGCAGAUUUGUCCGGCUACACCCACGACGGGUCGUUUCAGCAAUACUGUACAGCCGAUGCUGUGCAAGCUGCGAGGAUUCCAAAGGGCGCAGAUUUGGCGGAGGUGGCUCCAAUCUUGUGUGCUGGUGUCACCGUAUACAAGGCUUUGAAGUCUGCCCACUUGCGCGCUGGAGAGUGGGUGGCUAUUUCGGGUGCUUGUGGUGGUUUGGGUUCCUUGGCUGUGCAAUACGCCAAAGCCAUGGGCUACCGUGUCGUGGGUAUUGAUGGCGGCGACGAAAAAGAGGAAUUGUUCUCGAAGUUGGGCGGGGAGGUCUUUAUCGACUUCCGCAAGUCCAAGGAUGUUGAAAAGGAUGUGCUAGCGGCCACAAACGGUGGUGCUCACGGUGUCAUCAACGUUUCCGUUUCGGAGGCUGCCAUCGAAUCUUCAACUCGUUACGUGAGAUCCAACGGUACAGUAGUGCUAGUCGGUCUACCAGGUGGCGCCAAGUGCAAAUCAGACGUUUUCAACCAGGUUGUCAAGUCCAUUUCCAUUGUUGGUUCUUACGUUGGUAACAGAGCUGACACCAGAGAGGCUUUGGACUUCUUCGUUCGUGGUUUGGUCAAGUCUCCAAUCAAGAUUGUCGGGUUGUCGGAACUAGCAGACGUGUUCCAAAAGAUGGAAAAGGGCCAAAUUGUCGGUAGAUACGUUGUUGACACCUAUAAAUGA